AGGGUUACCGCGCCCAUCUCUGCUGCUUAAUGGCCGGAGGAAGCGCUUGAGAUACUGUGGUGAGAAGAAAGAAUAGGAGCGAACGACAGUGGGAGAGAAAGGAAGGCUUAAUUUGGAUAGGGGCUGGACUAAAUCACCUUUAUCUGAAGAAACUGCUUUACAAGAAGAACUUCCAUUUAAGAACGUUUUACUCCCAAAAAUUGAUAUUUUGCUGCCGUGAACUCUGCCCUGUCUCUGCGCCUGUGUGCCGGUGUGUUGAAAGCUGGGUUCGGGGAGUGCCGCUCCUGGGUAGCUUGUUAGCUCGUCUGCGUGGUGGUUGGAGAGAAGGGGAGUCUAUCUUCGGUGUUUCCAGUCAAUGCGAUAUAAACAACGGAUUCCCACGACUGAAAACGGAUCUGUGAGUGACCCAGUGCGCGGCAGGAGUGAAGCACAUAAUUUAGCAGAGGAAAAUGAGCGAACUCGACCAGUUACGUCAGGAGGCUGAGCAGCUGAAGAACCAGAUCAGAGAUGCGAGGAAAGCAUGCGCCGAUGCCACCCUGUCUCAGAUCACAGCUAACAUCGACCCCGUGGGGCGAAUUCAGAUGCGCACCAGGCGGACACUGAGGGGUCACCUGGCCAAAAUUUACGCCAUGCACUGGGGCACUGACUCGAGGCUCCUAGUCAGUGCCUCCCAGGAUGGUAAACUUAUUAUUUGGGACAGCUAUACCACAAACAAGGUGCAUGCCAUCCCGCUGCGCUCCUCGUGGGUGAUGACCUGUGCGUACGCCCCGUCCGGCAACUACGUGGCCUGCGGAGGCCUGGACAACAUCUGCUCAAUCUACAACCUGAAAACCCGCGAGGGCAACGUGCGCGUCAGCCGCGAGCUGGCAGGCCACACGGGUUAUCUGUCCUGCUGUCGUUUCCUGGACGACAACCAGAUCGUUACUAGCUCAGGCGACACCUCCUGUGCUCUCUGGGACAUCGAGACCGGGCAGCAGACGACUACGUUCGCGGGCCACACCGGUGAUGUGAUGUCGCUGUCCCUGGCCCCAGACACCCGCCUCUUUGUGUCGGGCGCCUGCGACGCCUCUGCCAAGCUGUGGGACAUCCGAGAAGGCAUGUGCCGGCAAACCUUCACUGGCCACGAGUCCGACAUCAACGCCAUCUGCUUCUUCCCCAACGGGAACGCGUUCGCCACGGGCUCGGACGACGCCACCUGCCGCCUGUUCGACCUGCGCGCCGACCAGGAGCUCAUGGUGUACUCUCACGACAACAUCAUCUGCGGCAUCACCUCUGUGGCCUUCUCCAAGAGCGGCCGCCUGCUCCUUGCCGGCUAUGACGACUUCAACUGCAACGUGUGGGACACCCUCAAAGCCGACCGCGCAGGUGUCCUGGCGGGCCAUGAUAACCGUGUUAGCUGCUUGGGUGUGACUGAUGAUGGAAUGGCAGUGGCCACAGGAUCUUGGGACAGCUUCCUCAAGAUCUGGAAUUAAAGGCGCAAGAUGGCGUCCGGACUCCAAAGUUGACUGGAAGACCAUUCCAACAUCGAAAUGUUCGAUUUUAUUGCAUAUCCAAUCUUCUCAAACAACAGAACUGACCCCGUUAUGUGAUGACACGGCAAAAAUGAUUCUCCUUCCCAAGAAAAACAAACAAAAAAAAAAGAGCACAAUUGUUUUCUUCGGUUAGAUCACACCGAAAUCAGUGGGUACAACUUGGCGAUGUUGGGGGAGGGGGGUCAAAAGUAAUCGUGCAUUCCUUCUGGGACCAUUUUCCCACAUCGCAAUGAAUGAUUAUUUAAAAAACAAAAACAAAAAAAAAAAACCAUCACACUGCAGGCUAGCGGUAUGUCUAACAUAUGACAACUUAUUUUUUUGCCCCCUAAAAUGAGCUCUCCUGUGAUGGCUUUUUUUGGGGGGUAGCUUUCCUAACCCCCCAUCCCCUUCAUCCCAAAUCUUACACUCAGCUGUUUGGUGGUUAGUGUUUCAGACGAGGAUCAAAAGCACUCUCUUAUCUCCUAGUCUUUAAAUACUUUAGACUCAAGUUUCUAGAUGGAUAAUACUAUGUUGAGAAAAAUCACUGUCGUUAUAAUCCAGCUUUAUCAUGUCAAAGAGGAGGAAUUAAAGUGGAUGGUUUUGAGCUUGACCAGGGGGGUCCACUAGUCGCAGCCAGACGUGUGUAGUCCCACAGUACUUUGCCAGGGUUUUUUAUGUUUCUGUCUAGUCAUAAAUCUUUGUUUGCACAGGAAUAAAACAUUGUGUAUGUA